ACUGAGAGCAGAUCUUAUAGUCAACAAUCAAUUAAACGACGAUUACUAUCAGUGAUGACUAUAAUUAUCAUACAAUUUGUUUCAUUGAAUAAUGCCGAUGUUUUUGACAAAGAUUUCAACAGAAGUGGAUCAGAUUUAUUUGUCACUUGGAUUGCUGUUAUUAUUAUUAUAUCACUUAUUACUACAUGUAUUAUAUGCUUUUGCAUAUUGAUUAUCGUCUGGAUUAUUGCUAACUCUGCUGAACGAGCUCUUCAGUCAACAAACUUGAGUUUAAAGCCUACAUCAAAGGCAGGUGUGAUCUAUCGGACCAGUCAACCGACACCGAUAGCAUAUCCUAGUUCGGGACAACAACAGCAACCUGUGUCGACAUCAGUACCAGUAUUUGUGGCGAUACCUCAAUCGAGUCAACAACAGCAACCUAUGCCAACGCCAGCACCAGAAGCUGUGGUAAUACCUCAAUCGGGUCAACAAAUUUAAAAUUAUCAAUAAAUACCAAAUACUCAAUACUUAUGAUCCAUUAUACUGUAUAAUGUAUAUUAAUGGUUGAAAACA